ACACUCAGUCAGUAACUCCGCACAGUCUACAUACAAACACGCUGAGAACUUCGCGCCAGUCUGACAACAUGAGGGCCGCAGCUUUGAUUCUGUUAUUCGUUUGUUUUGUUGAGUGUCGCAAGCUGUCGCUAUCGAUCAACAAACAUGCGAAUAUGGACUUCAUAAACAUGGAGAUUGGUGGGGGGAGGCGGCCGGUGCUGCAAAUGUUUCAAGCUCCUGCACUUGAACCUGCGCCUAAACCAGUACAAGGGCCCGCACCUACGCCGGCUCCUGCUGCUCCUGCACCUACCACAAAGGCUCCAGUACAAGCUUCUACGGCCAAUCCAGCAGUCACUCCACAACCAGCAAAACCAGUACAACCUAUGCAACCCACUCCUUCGCCUGCUCUCAUCAAACCAGUACCUGUGAACCCAGCCCCCGUGGCGAACACUAACACAACAACUGGACCCGGCAGCGUCAAGUCACUCGUCAACUUCUAUAAUGCCCAGGGCAAUAGCAGCCUCAUUCGCCCUUACAGCUACAGCCAAGCAGUGAAACAGGGUUAGACGAUAUAAUGUGUUAAUUAAAAAUGGCUUAUCCACUUGAUAAGAGUUUUUACUGUGAAAUGUGAUAAAUAAGUAUGUUGUGUAAUUAAAUUGACAUGUGCAAAUUUACUCAA